CUGUGAGAAUGCCUCAUUCUUUACAACACGAGUAACGUGGAUUUUAAAACAUCAUGCGGACAUGAGCUUCGCAAGAUGGAUGGAUGUACCCAAGUCCGUUAAGGAUGAGUUGAUUGACAGGGUCAGGGGUGACUUUGAAUUAGAUUGGGAACUUAAGAACCAUCGGUUGGCAGUUUGGAAGCAGCUGCGUAAGAGAUUUAACGCCUUCCACCAUGAGCUUCACAAGAAGUAUUUGGCAUAUGCGAGCCAUGAGGAGGCAUUGGCUGGUGGGACAAGCUUGGUCUCGCCCUUGGUAUGGGUUAAGCUAUGUGGCCGAUGGGGAAGUGACCACUUCAAGAAAAUCUCAAACAUAAAUAAGGAGAAUCGUAAGAAGCUGAAGAUUAAUCACACUGCAGGGCGGAAAUCGUUUGUGAGGAUCCUAGAGGAAAAGCGAUCUGAAGGAGCAAACUUAGUGGACUUCUACAAAGCAGUCCGUUGGUCAAAGAAAAAUGAUAGAUUUGUCACAGAUGCCAGUGAAGAUAUUUAUAAAGAGAUGGCUGGAAAGAUGGAUGACUUAGCCCCUGAGAAUCGCACUGAUGAGGCAGCUAAGGCUGUCUUUAGGGAGGUACUUGGGCAUAGGCGGGGAUAUGCACGAGGCCUCGGAGAGAUGGUGAUACCAGAGUCUACAAGAGAAAAGGACGUGUUACAAGCUAAAGAGUAUGCAAUGUUAGUGGAAAAACAUAAGAAAGAUGCGGAGGACUACAAGAGUCAACUAGACCGUGUGAGGGAAGAAAUGCGAGUGGUUGUGGAGCGUCAAAUUGAAACUGAUGCUCUUUUGAGGAGUUUCAUGGCUUCAUUUCAGUCACGUGAGGGGGACGGAGUUCGGGGGAGGCAGUUACCCCCGAACUGAA